AUGCGGGGCGGUUCGAGGCCUGCCGGUCGAGGCACCUGCAGGCGGGCCGUUCUCCCUGUGGGGUUGAAGCGGACGCUUGAGCAGGCCCAGCCCUCAAUGGCGAAAAGGCUUAAAGUGGGCGCAGCCUCCAGAGAUUCGGGCUCCACCGACCCUCGACCGCCGACCGGUGCUGAGAGCGCCCCGCCCCGUCCCCUGGAGCAGAGGAAGAAAGAGGAAGAGGGGCGUGAGCAGGAGACGCGGCAGCAGCCACAGGAGGAACUGCGGCUACAGCAGAAAGAAGGAGAGGAAGGGCAUCUGCCAGCAGGUCCCCAGCUCGAGGAGCUCCUGGAGCAGGAUCGUCGCCAGGAGCGGCAGGAGCCCCAGGAGCAGCAGCAGGGGGGCCAGCAGUUGGAGGAACUGCUCGAGCCUCCUCCUCACAGGCUCAAAGAUGAGCUGCUGGCCGCCCAAGUUGAGGCCCGUUCCACCAAAGAUCAGCUCGAGGGAGAGGUUGCUUUGAAUGGUCGGCUACGGACCGUGAUAAGCGACCUCUCGGCCUCCUGGGAGCUCGAGCCUGUCAACGAGUCGAGGUAG